GUUGAACGGACGACGUUUUUAUUUAAUCGAUCACUUAUUCUUGUUUAGUUAUAUAUGUACAGUGAUGCAGGCCGUGCUGGUCGAAAGUUCAGUAACAUGCAACAUUUUGUUAAGUGACGUUAGUUUACUUGGUCUUUGAGUAAUAACGAGAAACUAUUUACAAAAAUAAGUACCAAAACAACGCACGCGUUUUUUAUUGAAAUGCAAUGAAAGUAAAACUGACAAAACAAUAUACAGGCAGACAAAACUAUAAAAUUAUAAAAUAUAUUUAUUUUUGUUUUAUCAGAGGGGAUUUUUGUUAUGGGGAAGAUAAAGACCGCGACACCGUUUCCAUGGAGACCAAAGCUGUUUCCGAACGCCGCUGGAUUCUUCAGUAUAAAGACGCUUCGGUUAACAAACGUAAAACUCUGAACUAAAGAGCUACUCGACUCAUCGACUUGCGAAAUCUGGGCAAGUUUAUAACAUAUACACUUGUCGUUUAUAAGGUUAUAUAUUAGGAAAUGUAAAGUUGUUUGGCUAUCUUUGUUAAACAGUGUUAACUACUUUGCUCAGCUACAUAUACAUCUUUAAUCGUGUCUAUGAUUUAGUAAUACAUUGCUAAGAUGGACACGGAGUACCUGAAAAACAGCAUCGGUAAAUGUUUAGUGGAAGGACUGGCAGAAGUAGUGGAGCAGCGACCCAUGGACCCCAUCGAGUUCCUGGCCCAGUGGAUUUACAAAUACCGGGAAAACCGGGACUACGAGAGAAAAAGGAAGGAGUACCAGGGGGAGCUGGAGGAGGCUAGAGCUGAGGCCCAACGCUGGAGGAAGAUGCGGGAGGAGGAGGAGGAGGAGGAGGAGGAGCAAAGAGUGCACCGGGAGAAGUCAGAGGCCUCAGCUGCAGGUCAUCCUGGCGGAGAGAUGCAAGCCAGGCUGUCGAAGGACACUGAGGAAAUGCAGGUCUCAGCUGCAGGUCUUCCUGGCGGAGAGAUGCAAGCCGGGCUGUCGGAGGACACUGAGGAAAUGCAGGCCUUGGCUGCAGGUCAUCCUGGUGAAGAGAUGAAAGCCGAGCUGUCGAAGGACACUGAGGAAAUGCAGGCCUUGGCUGCAGGUCAUCCUGGUGGAGAGAUGAAAGCCGAGCUGUCGAAGGACACUGAGGAAAUGCAGGCCUUGGCUGCAGAUGGGAGCUGGUCCGUCACAAGAAACUGA